GCUAUUUAAAGUAGAACAUGUUACCGUGUUACUGUGGGCAGUGUGUGAGUGAAGCUGGAUCUCCUCCUGGCCUGCAGGUGUCGCUGUGAUGUUUCAGCAGCGCCUCCUACGGCUAGAAACCAGCAGCGCUCUGUCGUAUUUGCCUUUUAAUAUAGUCUAUGUAGUGGCUGUUGCUUUUUUUUUUUUAAACUUGGUGCUGGCUGAACACUGUAGGAACUGUGCUAACUGUACGGUCGCGUAGCGUCAUCACGGAAACCCCGGCUGUUUUUCUUCCUCGGGCGGAAUAGCAGUGAGCGCGUCAGUGAGCGCGUCAGUGAGCGCCUCGUCCUCGCACAGCGGCUCUCAGCCCGUGUUGUGGUGCUCGGGGUUCAGGAGCGGCCGAAUGGACGAGCCUGGCUUCAGCAUGACCUAACCCUCCCCGGAGAUGUCACUGAACACCGCGCUGUGUCCCUUCCCAGCACAGGUCAAGUGUGGUGGGUAGAUAGGCGGUAUGACUGAGGAGAAAUGUCCUCAGUUGGUGGAUUAUUUUGUGGUGGCGGGGCUGGCGGGCGACUCGGCUCCGCCAGACGAGGAAUGUCAGCAGAGAGGAGGCCGUGGCAUGGAGCCCAUCAGCGACCUGGCUGUGAUCGCCCGUGGCCUUGGAGAAGAGGUGCCUGAGGGCUUCACAUGCAUCGAGAGGACGCUGGGGGGCCACCCAGCUGAGCUCAGCGCCGGCCUUAUCAACAACCCACACAUGUUCCUCUGCUACCGGCGCAGCCAUGACAAACCACCCAUUGUGGAGCUCGGUGUGCUGUAUGAUGGGAAAGAGGCAGUGAAGCAGGGUUGGCAUGUGAUUGAGACAACGCCGUACAGCCGCUGUGCCAGUCUGAGCUCAGGCGGCCCUGGCACCCAUAAGACGUUCCUCAUGUACCGGCGCGCCCCCGACUCACAGGCCCUGAACACCCUGGGGGUGACUGAUAUCUCAUUUCUCAUGCCCAGCAAGGGAGAAGCAGCACCACACACCUUCUGCAAAGUGGACAAGAACCUGAACACUGGCAUGUGGGGCCCGGCGCUGUACCUGUGCUAUAAGCGGGCUGUAGCGAAAGCCAACGCCCUGGUGUAUGAGGCAGGUCUGAUCAGCCGCUACCCUGAGGAAGAUCUUGAGUCAUUUGCGUUGCCAGACUCUGUCCCUGUCUUUUGUCUGCCCAUGGGUGUCACUGUAGAGAGCUGGCCACUCAAUACCAAGUACCAGCUCCCUGUCUUCUCCACCUUUGUCCUCACCACCGCAUCUGGAGAUAAGGUGUAUGGAGCUGCUAUCCAGUUUUACGAGGCAUACCCACGGGAGGCUUUGACUGAAAGGCAGCGGGUGCGGCUCGGGUUGGUCAGUGUUGUGGACCGCCGACCCAUCACCAACCGCAUGGUGCAGGUGAAGAAGAGCGUGUGUGUGCUCUCCCACUGGCCGUUCUUCACCGUCUUCCAGAAGUUUCUCACCUUCAUCUAUCGUUACUCCAUCUCUGGACCUCAUGUGCUGCCCAUUGAGAAGCAUAUCUCCAGUUUCAUGCACAACGUGCCCUUCCCUUCACCACAGCGACCACGCAUUCUGGUACAGCUGUCUCCAUAUGACAACCUCCUACUGUGCCAGCCAGUGUCCUCGCCCUUACCCCUGAGUGGCGCCAGCUUUGUGAAACUUCUGCAGAAUCUGGGGCCGGAGAACGCAUGUACCCUGCUGUUGGCUGUUCUCACUGAGCACAAGCUGCUGCUACAUUCCCUCCGGCCAGAUGUGCUGACCUCCGUCAGUGAAGCCCUGGUGUCGAUGACGUUUCCGUUGCGUUGGCCCUGUCCGUACAUCCCACUGUGCCCGCUACGGUGUGCAGAUGUGCUGUGUGCCCCAAUGCCCUUCAUCGUGGGUGUUCACUCCAGCUAUUUUGACCUGUACGACCCUCCUUCAGAUGUGGUGUGUGUGGACCUUGACACCAACACCAUAUUCCAAUCAGAAGACAAGAAACCCUUGUCGUGGAAAUCUUUACCCAGGAAACACGGAAAAAUCCUGCUCAGCUCACUCACCCACCUGCACAAAACUCUGGAGAAAAUCUGUACCCCUGGUCACGAAGAGGCGACCCUGGAAUUCUUGCUGACAGAUUAUGAUCUGAUCUACGGGCGUCAAAAGCAGCUGGAGUUGGAGAUUCAGGAGGCCUUCCUGCGCUUUAUGAGCUGCCUCUUAAGAGGCUAUCGUUCUUACCUCCUGCCCAUCACCCAGGCUCCCUCUGACAGAACCACUGACUGCAGCUCCCUCUUCAAUUUGCAGGGUUUUUUAAAAUCUCGAGAUCGGACACAGCAGAAGUUUUAUUCCCACCUCACCAAGACUCAGAUGUUCACGCAGUUUAUAGAGGAGUGCUCCUUUGUCAGCGACAGACACGCAUGCCUUGAAUUCUUUGACGAGUGUGUUCAGAAGGUGGAUGUGGAGAAGCCGGAAGAGGUGAGGCUGAUAGAUCUUGAUGAGACUCACAGUGGAGAGCACACAGUGUUUAUAAUGCCACCAGAGGAGCCUCAAGAAUCUGACGGCUCUGAAUGCCCUGCACUCUACAGCUAUGAGACGUUUCCUAUUCUUAAUCCUGAGUUGUUUGACCGGCCUCAGGAUCAGCUCCGUACCACAGCGAAGGGAAGUGCCCCCAACAGUCCCGCUCCUCGCCGUACCAAACAGGAGAUCAAGCUGGCACAGAAAUGUGCACAGAAGUACUCUGCAGUACCAGACAUGUGGUCCAAGUGUCUGCUGGGCCACUGUUAUGGUCUGUGGUUCAUCUACCUGCCCACAUUUGUCCGGGCUGAGAGUACCAAGGUGCGGGCACUGCACACUGCCUAUGAGGUGCUCAAGCACAUGGAGACACGGAAGGUGGUGCUGCCUGAUGAGGUGUGCUACAGGAUUCUAAUGCAGCUGUGUGGGCAGUAUGGGCAGCCAGUGCUUGCUGUCAGGGUCUUGCUGGAGAUGAAGAAAGCAGGAAUCACUCCUAACACCAUCACGUACGGGUACUACAAUAAGGCUGUACUGGAGAGCAAGUGGCCAUCCACCAAUCAGGGAGGUCGCCUUCGAUGGGCCAAGCUUCGCAACGUUCUUUUGGCUGUGGCACAGUUCAGACAACCAAUCAAACACAGGCAAAAGAGUGACUCUGUUAGCUCAAAACAAGGUAGCUCCAACUGUAAUCUUCUCCCGCACUCCACUCUCACACGCCAGACCAGCUGGAGUGGUUUGAGUGAAAGUUCAAGCCAUGAAUCAUUGACUGGUCCCAUCACUAAGAGCAACAGUCUAAGCAGUAUGCGACCUGACAAAUCUAAGUUAGCUAGGAAAGCAAUGCUACAAAACAAAAGCACUGAUGACCCUGCCUCCCGCAAACCUCCCAUUGGUCCUCGGGAUAUGGUUACACCCUCCCCAGUUCCGCCUGAUGACCAUGUUAGAGUGCGACGGAGUGAUGUCUGCUUGUCCACCUUUUACAAGGAGUGUGCAGAGCCAGAUACAGACUGCAGGUGCCAGCCGACUGAGAGAGAUGGCAGACCUGCAGAGCAGCGGGAAACGCUUAAUCGCAAGGCUGUAGAUGAGAACUACAAUAACGUGUUGUCCCCGAGUCGUGGACUGGCAGGUAAACUGCAGCAGCUUCUCACACCAACGCGUCACCGGAACUCAUCACGCCGAGCAGCCAGUGUGGACGAACGGCGGCCUGCUACUAACGGCCCGUCACGCAAAUCAUCUGAACAGAGACAGUCUCGCAAAUCACAUGUGGCCGAGACACUGCUGAAAGCCAAAGAGCGACUCUACAAUGCCACCUCAGAGAGCUCAUUGUCUGUGGGCAGUGACAUUGACCUGACAGACCCUCCAAAUUCUGGGUUUUCACUCAGGAAGUCAUGGGAUUCUACACAGGAAGGGGCAGGGCUUGAGGUGUCGAUGUCAAGCUGUACUCUUUGCCGGAGCUGUAACUCAUUGGUGUAUGAUGAGGAGAUCAUGGCAGGCUGGACAUCUGAUGACUCCAAUCUUAACUCUAGCUGCCCGUUUUGCUCAGCAACCUUCGUACCACUGCUUAAUGCAGAGAUCUGUGACCUUGGGCCUGUCAGCAGCAGUCAGUAUCGCAGUAACUGGAACAUGGAGGAUGAAGUGGAGAGUGCAGUGAGGCCCCCUAGUGGUCAUGAUGGCAUUCAGCAACAUCUGUAUAAUGGUGUGACUGAGCAUGACUCCAGUUCAGAGACCAGCACAUACUCUGAAAACAGCAGUAACACUCUAAGCUCAUCUUUGGGUGGCACCCCUCAGGUGACAGUGGCGUACCUGAGCCCUCUAGUCUUGCGGAAGGAACUGGAAAGUCUUUUGGAGAACGAGGGAGAGAGUGUUCUCUCUCAGGUCCAGUUACUGGACAGCCACUCCAUCCUCUUCUGGAAUCUAGUGUGGUACUUCACUCGCCUUGGCCUCCCCAGCAAUCUGCUGCAACUGGUGCGGGCCUCUCCGCUAGCUUCACAGAUUUCACAGAGCCCCGAGAGUACUUCAGUAAGGGUGAGGUUACUGUGGGACACGUUGACGCCUGAUACGGAUUACUGGCCUCCUCUCUAUGUGCUCUGGAGAAUACACAGUGGCGUGCCGAUGCGUAACUUUGCGUGGCGCAGACACAACCACCCCUUCACGCUGAGCUUUUUGGAGGAAAUCCUGCGCUGUGUCGGUAUGAAUGAGGUACACAAGGCCAUCACGUUCUUCCUGGAAACCAUCGCCAAGCAACCAGGCACUCCCCGGAUACAGAGGAGUUUGUACAGGGAAUUUCUGUUCCUUACUUUGGCUGCUAUGGGCAAAGACCAUGUUGCUGCUUUUGACAAGAGGUACAAGGCGGCCUAUGCCAAGCUGAGUAGUUCCGUGGGCCGAGAGGAGCUGAGGAGGAAGAGAGCUCAGCCACCCAGCCCCAAAGCUGUGGAUUGCAGGCGCUGUUUCCUAGUGCCCCUGGACUGCUGAGGGUCGACACACACUCUCGCUCCACAGCUGGGACACUCCUCUCUCUCAGUGGCUGCCUCCUGCAGUUAUCCCUCCAAAGUCAGUCCUAACUGGGCCUUUAUUUCAUCAAGUCUCACACGUCUCCAUAUAACCAUCCGUGGACUGUUGUUCUGAAGCCCUUCUUCUCCUGUCGCUCUGCAGCUUUAGGCACGUGGUACUUACAGUAGAACUCAUGGGGCGAGAUAACUAUUCUCUUUGGCCAAGAAUGGGUUAUCCUGUUCAUUUUUUAUUUUGUUUUCAGUUGCCGCAGUUAAUUUUAAUGGGGCUUGUCUGACCAGAUGUUUCUAUUUGUCGUACAGCAGAAAUUUAGACAUUCACCGCUGGGCUGAGUCCUCUCUUUGCCAAGUAACUAAACCAGACACUGCAGUCAUGCUUCAGUGGCAUUCUGAUCUAUGCAUUGAGCAGAUCAUCAUUAUACCAGCAUCACAAUAUGUACCCUUUUUUUUUUUUUUUUAAACAGACAAGGCCUCGUCAUCCCAUUACUCCUUAAGAGUUCUGUAAUCCUGCCUUUGUGAUGUGUGUGUGUGUGUGUGUGUGUGUGUGUGUGUGUGAUUAUAGCUUACCAGACAGCCUCCAUUUAAAAAUCCUUUAAGUUCCGUUUUCUUAAAGCCUCUCUCUAUGAUAGGUCUUAUUGACUUCUGCUACUUGUGCUUAGCUGAACCUCUGGUGAUUAGGCUGUGAGAGAGGAACACUCAGUGCAUGAGAUCCACCACAACACUGGGAUGAAACUUCACACUGACGGCCACUGAAGAGGAGGAAGGACUCCAAAUGGGGGCUACAGUGUGGUACGGACUGAAUCUGGGAUGUUUGAGGGCAUUCAGCUCUUCUGAAAACAGGAGAAGAGAGGUGAUGGGUCUAACAGGCAACCCAAAAAAAUGCACUGAAGACUGAAUGCCUGGGUACAAUGCAAUGGAGUGCAGUAUAUGAGGAACCCUGCUAAAGACUUGUAACCAAAAGACUAUCUAAUUGGAAUUUACCUCCUUUUUUGUUUUGUUUUGUUAUUUUGUUUUACUUGUUUGCAGUCUGAUUUUAUUGUUUUAAACAUAUGGAAUGUUCAUAUGAGCCUUGCUGAUGUGUGUGUUCAGCUUUCAGUCAUCCAGAUGUUUAUUGAGCAAAAAAAAAAGCAUUAGAUUUUCCAUUUUCCCAUGUUUAAACCCAACCCUAGCUCUCCUAUAAACCCUAACCCAUGAGACGCUGUACAACACGGAAAAACACAUCUAUAAACAACACAGUUAUCCAGCCUGAAACACACUGAGUUGUCUCCACCUCCUGGACUUUUGGUUUGGCUCCGCCCAGGCAGAAGGAACUGGAUCUGCUCUGACUCCACCUCAUGGACUUCUGGUUCUGCAACGAGGGGUACUUGAAGAAAAAGGGAAAAUGGUAAAUGUCAUG